AUGGGGGAACCUAUGGACUACAGACAAGAGAGCAGCCCACCACCGCUUUUUAGCACAAACCAGAGGAUGCACGAGUAUUUGAAAGAUCUUCCCGCAAUGCUCAAGACCGGGAAAUAUUCUGACUUGACCAUCGUCUGCGGCAACAACCGGUAUCGAGUUCACAGGAACAUCAUUUGCGCUCGAUCUAAAUUCUUUGACGUCUCAUGCGAUAGUGGAUUUAAGGAAUCAAAUGGGGAGAUAAUGCUCCCGGACGAUGAUCCCGCCGCGGUACAAAAGAUGAUUGGAUAUAUAUACAACAUCGAAUACACCCCCGAAACAACACAAAUGCAGGAACACGAUGACGAUGUUGAGGCAGAGCUUUCAGAUACAGACUACGAUGCUAGCGAACGCUAUCGUAUGAAGCGUUUCGGGGCAGAAUUCGUCGAACGAAAGAGGAUAAAACGGCUCAAAGAGCGUAAAUGGGCAAGCUGGAAGGUCGACGAACCUAUCCCGUCAUCGCAGCUAAGCCUGCAUGCAAAGGUUUACGCCCUGGGGGAGAAGUACAGAAUAGAAGGCCUGAAGAAGGAAGCCAAGAGAAAAUUUGAGAGUGAAAUCCAGAGUGGGAAUGUUGGGGUCGACGACUUUGCGGGGGCGGUGGAGGAGGUGUAUACUUCAACAGUCAGCGAAGAUAGGGGUUUGAGGGAUGUGGUUGUCAAGAUGAUUGAGCAGGAUAUCUUGUUGUUGGAUCAUGUGGUGGUGCGGGAGGUUAUGCGGGUUACUGACUUUGCGUUGGAUGUUUUGUUGUACAUGUCACAGGGAAUGAGGAGUCAGGCAAGGUUUAAAGAUUUGCCACAGACUGUAAGCCUGAAAGUUUGGGGGUCUUGA